CGGGAAAAGAUCUGCGAGAGGCGUUUUUUCCGAGAAUUCUUCGUGCCCGUGAUGGCACCGUGAAAUUCGAGGCAAUCUUAUCGAUUCCACCUCCCGGAAUCUCUGGAGCAUCUCUUAUUUGAUCAGGGGAACACGGACAGCAGCACCGCCACCCGGGACAAGUAUGGGCAGCCAGCAGCAGCUGAACCGGGCGUUGGUGGAGCGUACUCUCGGUUACCAUGGGAAACCUCUGCAAAACAUUUGGGACGCUGAGCGCGAAGAUGAAGAGCUACUGCGACUCGGCAUUGGACCUAAUCCGGAUUUCAGUGUCUACACGGCACGCCAAAAGCAUCUCACCUUUCAGGAGCGCACCAAGCGCCUUAUGCUGCAUCAAUUCAUGGUCCGGAAGGCCAGCAUACUGUACGAUCGCUCGCUUACGGUCGGCAAGAUUGGCGAGCUUCGCCGGGAUGAUAUAGAAUGUAAAGAAUUUUGUCUACCCCCGAUGGAGGUGUUUAUGGGCGUGGAGACUAUCGAAAAAACGGAUCAUCUGCUGGAGACCGUCCAACCCGGCGAUGUCGUGUAUGGCAGUGUGCUAUUCCAAAACUUUGGCGGGAUGGUUCUGCAACCGAUGCUCAUCGUUGGUAACGUUCGUUAUUACGUGCGAAAUAAGGCCCUCAAGGCAACGAUUGCAAAGAACCAAACGGUGCCACCAAAGCAAAUGAAGGGCCACCUGGGUAACUACACUACGAAUGACAUCAUCUGUUGUGAGGUGAUAGAUGUGGGGCCGAGCGCUCUGCGGCUUAUCUGCACCAUGAUACGAAGCGCCAGGAGCCGCGUCCCGGAAUCGGUAGUCUAUGGGUUGGUAGCGGCCGAAGAGCUACCUCCGGUUUUCAAGCAGGCAGAAAAUCGGACCAACGAAACCUACGGGCAGCUGCUGGAGAAGUCGCCAUCGUUUCGUGAUCCACGAUACGUAAGGCAGUUGGCGCAAGACGUUGGUCUGGACAUUGACGAAUUUUACACCAACAUGUCGGGUUUGAAGGGCAGAUAUUCCUCGCAGGAGUAUGCCUCCGAACUGCGGAACACACAGGCCAGCAAAUGGGCUUUCCGUUCCGUAGCGGAAGGCAUCGAGCACUUCAAGGAAGGGCGGCACUCGGAAGCGUUCCAGUGUUUAAAUAAGGCACUAAGCAUCGAUCCUCGUAACGUGGAGGGUUUGGUAGCUCGCGGUGCCCUUUACGCCAACAGUGGUUCGUUCAAAAAGGCUAUCGAAGACUUUGAGGCGGCACUGAAGCUCAACCCUUCGCAUGCUAACGCACGCAAGUACAUGGGCGAAACGUUGGUGGCCCUCGGGCGCAGCUACGAGGAAGACAAUCGUAUAGAGGAAGCCAAGAAGGCUUACCAAGAUUGUCUCAACAUCAUUCCGCUCCACGAGGAAGCGCAGACGUCGUUGGACUUUUUGAAAACGAAACCAAUCUACGGGAAGCAGAUUGUCGAACCAACGGAACUGGAAUUACCAGCGUUAAACAUCGUGAAACCGUCAUCGAGCGAUCGCAACAAGCAGGAACCGGACACCUCGGGUGUGGGCGGUAGUGGGCUUAGUUUGAUGGGCGGUAGUGGUUCCGGUAGCAGCAAGCGCGACAACUCCGAAAGUACGCGCAAAGAGCGCAAGAAGGAAAGCAAAAAGGAUCGCAAAAAGCGGCACAAGAAGCACCAGAGUAGCUCGAGCGACUCUAGCUCGGACAGCUCGGACAGUAGUGACUCGAGCAGCGACUCGAGUAGUAGCAGCAGCGAUUCGUCUAGCAGCUCUGAUUCGUCCGGUUCGAGGAACAAGCGUCGCAAGCGUUCAAAGAACGAGAAAAAGCUAAAGUCGUUAUCACCACUGAGCAAGCGCAUGUCAGCGGCGAUUGGCGGUGGCGGGCGAGGGGCUUCCGCUGUUGCGAGCGAACUCGUUGGCUACCCGAUCGGUGGACCAACCGUGACCGCAGCCGCUGGCAGCGUAUUCAGCCAGUCUUCCUCACACGGACCGUCUGGCUUUGAUGAUUACGAGCAAAAGGUUCGCAAAUUUUUGGAAAUGCCCCGUGACGAAGAAAACUACGAAGAGAAGGUACGUAGAUUCGUCGCCGAGGCAACCAAGUACCAGAAGGAACGUAAACAGCUAGAGGACAAGUCGCGCAAAAAGAAGAAGAAGGACGAGAAAAAGGCCAAGAAGGACAGCAAGAAGAAGCGCAAAUCGGACGAGAAGAAGAAAUCCAAGAAGAAGGACAAGAGCGGUGCUGGCGAUGAUGACGAUAAGCUCGACAAGGAUAAGCUGCGAGAAGCAUUGAAAAUUUUCGAAAACUUUCCCGUGCUGGAUGAGCUCGGCUCGAAGCUGGGCGAGUACUAUGCCAAGCUGGAGAAGCAGCAAACGAGCACGGCUGCCCCGGGUGGUGGUUCGGCUGCAAAGAUACUGUCGGCACUGCUUGGUGAAACCGCCGCCGGCAGCAGCGGAAGCACCAGUGCCGGUGCGCUGGCCCGAGGUAAAGAGGAAGAUUCAUUCCGCAACUCGAAAUUCAAGGUCUGCCUGUCGUCCGGUUUGGUAACGGAAUCAUCCUCUCCAGGAAAGGGUUCUGUGGUGGCGGGUGGAAAGUCGUCGGAUAUGCCGCCGGAUCAUCUCGAGCACCAGCAACCGCCACCGCGUGGCAGUGGUGCCCCGGUACCGGCCGGUGCAGCCGAUGACCACGCCAAGGAUGGUAAGUGGCGUAUGAUGUUCAACAAGGACAAACGUCCGGCCCCAGGAGCAGCAGCAGGAGGUGGUGGUUCGGCGAAAGAUGCUGUGGCCGCCGCCGGUGGUAGCUCUGGGAUGGGUGGCGGAAUGGGAGCGAAACAGCAGCAUGCAUUUGGCAACGAGUCGGACGAAGAAGCUCCUCCAACUGGCGCAUCAUCCUGGGGUGGUGGUAAAGGUGGUGGUCACUAUUCCGACCAACGCAGCAGCGGUGGUGGUGGUCGGUUCGGUGGCAGCAACCGUUACGAUGAUCGCGGCCGUGGCCAAAGCACGGAAAGAGCGCCACCGACCGUCAAGUCUGGUCCGGUCGUACUGGACAAGUUCGGUAACUUCCGUCUAGCGGAUGCACCGGUAGCACCCGGUGGUGGUGGCGGUUCAAGCAGCAACAAUAAACCACCGGAACCCUCAGCCGCACCACCAUCAUCGGCAUCGGCUUCGCGACGAUCGCGAAGCAAAUCGCGGCACCGCACGGCGUACGGUAGCUCUCGGUCGCGCUCGCGAUCGCGCAGCGACCGUCGCCGAUCGCGAUCGGGUAGCUUCCGGCGCCGCUUUAGUCGCUCGCGAUCGCGCUCAUUCAGUCGGUCCCGUUCGGGCAGUUACUCCCGGAGCCGGUCGCGAUCGCGCAGCUUCGAACGGCGUCGCUACGAUCGUCGCUUCUAUCGCGGUGGCCGUGGUGGUGGUGGCUACGGGGGCGAUCGAAUGGGCGGUCCAUUCGGGGGCAAUCGGUUCAACAACUCGCGUGGUCAUUUCCGCCGUGGCGGGUUCCGCGAUUUCAGGGACAAUCGCUUCAUCAGUCGUGGUGGAGGUGGCGGUGGUGGGGGCCGUGAUCGUCCACCAUUCCGACCACGCUACCGGGGACGCUACCAGCGUUCAUACAGUCGCAGCAUGAGCAAAUCGCCGGAUCGGCGUCCAAACAGCCCGGGAGACGAUCGUCCACGGUACCGGGACAACCGGCGUGGCGAUAGCCGUGAUCGGUCGCAGCCACGCCGUGGCGCAAGCCGCGAUAGUCGCGACGGAAGCCGCGAUCGCCAUCGACGUGGAUCGGAUGAUCGUGAUUCACCGAAGCGAUCGAAGGAACGGUCGCCUGGUGCGGCCGGUGAUGGUGGUGGCCGCUCAAGAGAUCGUUCCCUCUCACCGACGGCACGCGGUAGCGGCAAAAGUAAGCGCCAUCAAUCGCGCUCCCUCUCGCGAAGCCCACAGUCAACGGGAUCGUCCAGCAACAAGAACGUUCCCAACGACAUCGAAGGACGCUGGGCGGAUCGCGAUGAACAGUCCCCGAACAGUGGCAAACAGCAGACGAAGCAGCAGGAUGAAGAAGAAAAAGAUAAAUCGGGACCCUCAACAGUGGCGUCGGCGGACAAAAAGAACGACGAAACGAGCGCUGCCGAUGGCGAUGUGUUGGACGAAGAGUACGAUAAGUUGCUGCUAAAGACGCGCAAAGAUCGCAAAGAAUAGAUUGCGCUGCGGAGCGUCACGACAUAGAUCGCACAACCCGUUGCGGUUUUGCUAGAUUUUAAUGGAUUGCUUUUUCACUCCUAACCCCCACAUAACUACUCUCUCUCUCUCUCUCUAUCUCUCUAUCUGUCUAUCUUCUUUCUUGUGCGAGCGUGAGACUCAGUUAGGGACAAGAUUCGUGCUGUUACCGAGAUCUCGGUCGCGUAUUCAUUGGAUUCAUCGGUAUAACAACGUCAACGGUGUUGUAACUCCACCGCACACGGUAGAGACGGAUUAAUGCUCCAGAAUAUUUAAGGUUCUUUUUGUAGUUUACCUACACUCACUUGAAAUAAAACCAAACCCACACCGUAAUCUGUAAUGC